AUGAGCGAAGUGAUCAACUUGUCAUUGUCGCAAAGAGCGAACCAUCUCCUGGCUCAUUUAUAUAAUAAUCAGGAAGCACAUCUUCCGUAUAGCAAGACUGCAACUGUGGACUAUGACAAUUCUGUGUUCUUAUCAACUUCCAAAAACCCAAACGGGACCGUAAAUUAUUCACCUCGUAGUCUCAAUUAUGACUUGACAAGAGGGUAUGGCUCGUUAGGCAAGUAUGAGUAUUAUGAAUCAAAAGCUGAUAUUUUGGGGCAGUAUGAAGUUAUUCAGACUGGUGAAAAAAUGGACAAGAAUGAAUAUCAAAAAGCAUUAGAUAAGGGAAUGAAUAAAUCGAAUACUUUGAAUGUGAAUAAUACCAAAUAUUGGACAGACUACAAUAAGUUGAUAUACAGUCCAAAAUCGUUGAAUCAAUUGAAUAAUUGGGAAUAUAAGCCCCAUGACUUUGGUAUAAAUAGAAGCUUUCCAAAUCUAAAAUUUGAUACCUUCAACAAAGGAAAAGAAGAAUACCACCAAUACUCCGAAGAUAGUCUUGAGAAUUUCAGAAACACUUUAGAGCAAUGUGAUCUUAUACAAGGGGUGAAUUUGAUAAGUGAAUUGGACAGUGCAUGGGGAGGGUUUACGAAUGAAUUAUUGGUCGAUUUGAAAGACGAAUUUUUCAAUAAUGGCAUAAAUAGCAAAUACAACAUAUGGGUACAUGGACUUAUAAAUCAUAAUUUGAAUCCGAAAUUGAAUCAGUUGUAUUCUAGAAUUAAUAGUAUUAUUGAAUUAUCGUUUAAUUCGACCCUAUUUUUUCCAAUGAAUCUUAAUUCUUCUUCAGAGUGCUUGGGAAGUGGGUAUGAUGAGACAAGUGAAUGGCAUAAUUCUAGUAUUCAUGCAAUUUUUUUGAAUUCAAUCUGGGGUCUAAAUAACCAAAUAAAGAAUCCAGUCAAAAUGAGUGUUAUUGAAGAUGAAUUACUAAGAGGUUUUGACAAGAGAAACAUUGUCAAUGAAAUAAAAAUCCACAAGAAUAAACAAGCUAGUAAUGAUUUUGGAAUGGUUGAUAUAGAUAGAGCAAACUUGUAUAAUUUGGUGGAUAACAUUAAAAUUAAGGAUAAACCAGACUCAAUUGAUUUGAGUUUAUCAGAUUCCAAAAAUUCUAAAUAUUUUGCUAAAUCUUACAUUAUACCAAAUGAUCAAAGUCUCGCUGAAUCCUUGAAUAAGAAGGAAAACUUUCCAAUAAAUAUUUACAAAAAUAAUAGGAUUAAUGACAUACUUAAUAAUGAUACAUUUCCAAAUAUUUUGGAAGAUAAGUCAGUAUACUCUGAAUUUAGUUCAAGUAAUACGUUGAAAAAUGAUUUGAAGUUUUAUCGAGAGGUUAUUAAAAGAAGCAGAGAAAAUGAGGUUAUUGAGGAUAAGUUUGAAUUGAUUGAAAAGAUUAGUGAAUUAAUUGAAGAGUAUACGAUUGGAUAUGAUGAAAGCGAUGAAGAAUAUGAUUCAAACUAA